AUGCUUGCUAACAUCCUUGACCAGGUCAUCAAGACCUACGGCAAGGAAUUUCUUGGGGAUUGGGACCCAAUCAACAACUUCAGGAUCGAUUCGCUGACCGAUCCAGAAAUCCACCUCACCAACAUUCCCUUUCCCCAACAGUUGUUUGAACUCGCCGAAAUCCCAUUUGCAGUGGAUUACUCAAACAUAGCCAAGGUCCGGGCAAAGUUUUCUUGGCAGACGUUUUUCGGAACGCCAGGCACUUAUCCCUUUGCCGUCGAGGCGGAGGACCUCGAAAUCCGGAUCCGCCUGCUGUAUCCAAGCGAAUGGAACAGCGAGUUCUGGCGCGACAAGAUUUUGAAAUCGAAGCUGAAGCGGACUGUUUUGUGGGAGCGGUUUGCCUCUUUGCUGGGAUCGGCCCAAGGGGACAGGUCGUCAGUUGCGCAGACAUUAGAGCCAAGAAUUGUCAACUCCUUGGCCAUUCGUGUUCGCAACAUUCAUGUGCACAUUGUUGAUGACAACUUGGGAGCGACUCCGUGGGCGUUCGAGUGUCACGUUGAUGAGUUUUGCAUCGACUCCCCCAAACGGGGAGAUCCCCGCAUCUCCGAAAUGGAGGCCACAGGGCUGGAGCAGUGUCUUUUGAUGGGCCUGUGGAUGCGGUUUGUGGGGCUACACAUUUGGUACAGGGAAUUUCCGAGGCCCCAACUCAAGGGAAGAGCGGGGGUUUCUGUCAACAUUGACAGAGCUCGGGAGUUACGCCGCCGCCUCCGGCGGAAUCCCAAUGAUGAGGAGGCGCAGCAGCUACUCUCAAAGUUAUUGCAGAGGGACACGGAUUCGCCGACGAGUGUUCCAUCGUCUAGUGGGGGUAAGGCGGAAGCAGUUGACGGAGGAGCCGGAGCAGCACCUGCAUCUGCAGUUGUUGCUGCUGCUCCUAGCAUUUCUGGGAUUCCAGAGACUCAGAACGGAGUCUCUAGACUCGGGGCAGAGUCACACCUUCGAGAACGAGCGAGAUCAGCUGCGGAGCCUGGCAUUGACGAGGGAGCGCUCGCAAAUAUGCUGAGCAAGGAAAUCCAGGAAACCCUACACAUUGAAGAUCAAAACGUUUCGCUUUCGCUUGCCUCUAGAUUCCUGCAUUGGUGGCGUGGUAAAGAGCCGCCUCCCAGGUCUGCAGGGAGCGACGAGCCGCCGUUGACUCCAUUGAGCGCUGAGGAACUUCUCAACAUAACCGAAGACACGGUGAAGAGCGGUGCACCUGAAGCUCGCUCUACCGCGCAGCUGCCUUCAUCACCAGCGGCACCUAUCACAGGCAUGCCAGCAGAAGCAGCAGGUGUAGCUGCUGCAGCUAACACCGCUAGUGCUUCCGCAGAAGCUGCAGCAGAGGCUGCGGCCAAGGCAAACGCGGUAGCAGCAGCAACUCUACGCAAUAAUGAGGAGGAAAGCGACUCCAGCACCAACGGCAGCACUGAUACGGACGCAGAGCUUUUGAAUGGUGUGAGAGCUUCUAGAGCUUUUAAAGUCGUCCCGUCGCAAAUAAAGGAUCUUCUAGAUGACAACACACAUGCGCUGCGUGUUACCCCUAAGAAAGGAAUUGAAAUGCAUAUUCUCUUCAAGAAGUGGGAGCUGAGAGCCUUGGGAUCGAACCUUGCGGUGAACAAACAGAGUUGGAAGACAGUGGAGUUGUCGUUUUUGCACCACGACCCAAGUCUAUACGUUCCUCUCCCGGGUACAGACCGCCCCGCUGAUUCAACGCAGGGCCAUCACAGUACUCCUGUGGAGAGACAGGAGCCGCCUCCCCCUGUGUUCGACGGCAGCAUGGACCACAGGCCCUUGCAGCUGACGCUCACCUCAGCCGCAUUAACGUCACUCUUCAACUUUGUCAAGCUCAUCGAUGUUUGGUACAUCUUCCUCAAGGGCGCAUCGAGGCCCACUAGGCUGGUGGCGCGUGAGGAGGAGUGCGCAACGUACGUAGAGAUGUGGAAGCGUCGGCUCACUGCGAAGGCGGAGAUGCGAGAAGUUGUGGACCGUUUUAUUUCAGACUUCGAGCAGAGCAGUCCACUGUAUUUAAUCCUUAAGCUGAGACAGUUGGCAGAAGACAAUUUGACUUGGCGGGACGGCGUCAGCGCUGCAGUGUUGCAGAAGCAAAUAUUCGGUCGUUUUACGGAGACUUGCUGCCGCCCUCAGCGGCUGGGGAGCAUGCAGUGGGCAACUGGCGAGACAGCAGAGACCCGCUUAGACGGCGUAGAUGGAGGGGACUUCGAGUUUACAGACCGCGAGAGGCUGCUGUUCGAAGACAUUGCAUGCACCGUAGACGAGGCUGCAGGAGAUGACCGGGGGGGCUUCGGAGGCAAACGAUGGUUCUACAUAGACGGCAUAACUCAGGUGUUAGCACCAAAUCUGUGCCUCCAUCUGCUGCCCCUAGUGCAGCCGGGCAUGCACAUAGCCCAGCCAACCAACUUGCAAAUCCAAGAAAAACGCCGCAGACCGAAGGGGAGUUUCAGUAGGCUCGGGACGCUGGGACUUUUAGAACGGCUGGAGGCUCAAAAGGUUUCGGCAACCCGCGCGCCAAACCCACAGAGGGAGCAGUUGCCUCCCACGACUUUGAUGUUCCGCAUCUGCACAGACUUCAAGUUUCGCCAGGAGAAGAGAAAUGAUUUUUUCAAGUGCCAUGACAUCUUCAUUGAUUCGGUUUUCGUUGAAAAAGGAUUUGCAGCCCUUAAGGCGAAAUCUUGCGACGAAGCGGUUUCGCUACGCGCGCGCCACAACCCUGAACUGCAGACGCCGUUCCCCAAUUUGCUAGUGUUCGCUACUCCGCUGGGGGACGUGGGGUGCACCACUUGCAUAUAUUUGCCUGCGGAUCCCCCCUCCCGUAUUGGAUGGGGUAUCGGUCCUGCGCGGCCACCGUUAAGAGGCCGUGGGGAGGACUGCACCCAGCGCACCGCCUCGCACGGCGAUGAUCUCUAUGGCGAAUACGAUGCAGCGAAGAGAGAGAAUUCUCCCAAGGGUUCAUCUCCCCCACGGGAACGCUCUACUACUGGCGGUCAGGCAGCUGGGGGGGCUGCUUCGCAGGUUGUAAGCCCCGCGGAGUCCGAAAACGGAAAACGCAAUGUCUCAUCAUCAAGCCAGGCGUCAGUAUCCCAGAGGAUUCGGCCUUCGCGGGUCUACUCGAACAUCCACUUGCUGUUCAACAGGGCAAGGCACCUUGCAGACAUGGUUAAGCAGAAACCCAAGAAGCCCAUUGCCAAGGGACAAACUGCUCCCAAGAGGCGGGGCUCCAUUGGGGGUGACAAGAGCCGCACUCUGCUGAUUAGCAUCAGCAGCAAGAUGGUGUGGGACGAGGAGUUGGGGGGGCCGCUUGAAAAGAAAAAGACUUGGAUUAAUAUUCCCGAAAUUUCAGUUUCUGCCCCGGAGCUCAUUCCCUUUGCUGAGGCCAUUCCGAUGAACUAUGUUACCUGGGAUCUCUUUAGGGAGAGAGACUGUCUUCUCCCGACCACGACUGAAGACGCCAUGGGUCUCGCUCUGGGGUACUGCACAAACGUCGACAACACGCUCAGGCUGACUGCACAGAAGGCCACGGUAACGUAUCGCUUGUCCUCCCUUGACUACUCUCGCGUCCUCUCUCACUUGAGGAAAGACGCGCUGGCUGAGGCGCAGCAGCUGCAGCGGCAGGCAGAUGCUGAAGCAGCAGCAAAGGCAGCUGCCAAAGCAGAAGCUACAGCAACCGGGCGGUUUGGAGCGAACCCCUGGGAGGGCCGAGCCGCUAUAAGCGACAGCGAGACUCCCAGCAGCAGCAGUUCCUCUAGCCUCAGCACCAUGAGGGGCCGCUGGAGUCAGCGGGGUUGGGCAGAGCGUGCAGCAGCAGCAGCUGCAGCCGGCAAGCCUCUUGCUUUUCUCGGGGAUCGACCACUCGACGCACGUCGGGAGUUCGAGGCGCAAAGACGAAUGAAUUCUAAGAACUCAUCUUGGAGUCAAACUCUCUCUGAUCCUCAUUCUGAAAGUUUAUCACUUUCGGAUUCAUUUCUGUCGCCGUCUUCAAGUGACGUCGGACUGCAAGCUGCCACUUCUGCUGCUGCUCUUGUCAGGCUGAGGCGGUCGUUGUCGAGUGAACAGGCAGGGGUCUCAGAGAGCACGCAUGAGACAUCGGAUGAGGAGACGCUCUUUGAAAGCUGCGGGGUGACGCCUUUGCGGCUUGUUGGGUCAAGGGAGGCGCUUUUGGCGGACGUGGACUAUGAACCAGUGGAGGCCCAUGGGUUCACCUCAUCGUGUUGCGGCCUCAAGGCAUCUGUCUGUUCACUCCGACUAUCCCAGAACAUCAUGAAGCGGACAGGCUCUGUUGCUGCGCAUUCUUUGCACGUGUCGUUUGACGCGGCAGAAGCUGCAGUAAUGGCUCAGUCCCCCCACGUCAACGUUAUCCCUUGUUCCACUACAGACUGCACGGUGCUUUCCGUCUUCGAUGUUAAUGUUGGGACCAGCAAGUUGCCGCGGCAAAGUGUGGACUUGUCAGUGGGGCGUGUCAACGUCGGCGUCUGCAUGCAGUUAGUUUCGCUGGCGGCCUGCAGGCGUUUCCUCAUUCCCACAUCUUAUCCUUACAGCGACUCGCUGCGUGACACGAAACUGUUGGCUCUGAAGCUGGCCCAGAUCAUUUCUCUCCAACGGAAGAAACUGCAUGAGAAGCCCUUAAGGACGGCGCAUCAGGAGCCUCAAGCACCGCAGCAGCAGCAGCAGCAGGAGCAAGUUGGUCCAGCUGCUGAAGUGCAGGAAAGCAGUUCACCUUGCCCGGCUGGUGCAUCAGCUUGGCCGCGAGAUUCAGCAGGACUAGGACAAACAGGACUAGAAUCAGAUAAUGCUGGUGACGAUGAGGGUGUGACCGCCUCAAGACAUCUGUCAACCAAGGAGUCGCGUGAAAUGGGAGGCCGAAGCCUUCAGAUUAAUGAAGAGAAACGCCUCGACUCCUUUCUGCCGGUACCCACCAGCGGGCCCUGGGCUGCAUGCGGUAAGCAGCACAAGCACAUUGACGGGAGUCGUUUGGACUGGUUUUUUUGCGACAAAGAAACCGCUCAAAAGUUCACCAGUGCAUUAUCUCCCCUCAAGUUCACAGGCCCCGGGCAAGAGAAUGGCGAAUCUUUUCAGCGUUGGCGUGUUUCGAGGCGUGUGCGGGCCAGCGGCCAAGAAGUGCCAUUUGAUAUGGGUGGGAAGGCUGCAGGCAAUAAACUUUUCAACUCCGUUCCUGACCCAGGUGGCGCAGCAGCAGCAACAUUGGUGGACCCCACCGAAAAGUCGCUGCAGGUAUCUGCUAAGGUGGGCUGUCUGUCUGUUGGUCUCUACACACAGCAGCAGUAUCUCGCUGUCUUGCUGCGUAUUUAUGAAGCGCGUUUAUACCUAAAGAAGAAGCGGAAAGAUGUCCGUCUGAAGGCAAAAGUUGGAGAGUUUUUUAUGGAGCACGCCAAGGCGAGAGACGCACAAAGACGCAGCAUCGUUCUCUGCAAGAAAGUUGUUCACAUAGGAGGCCAGUGCCGGCGUUUCUGCCUUUCUCCUGGAACUGAAGCAGCCUCUUCGCCAGUCCAUCCAUCCGAGGACAGCGAUCCGGCUGCUCUGAUUCGGGCCGAGAUUGACCAUUGUCCAUGCGACAGCCGGCAAACCAGCCGGCAGGUGUCUCCGCGUCUUCAGAGACUGGAGGCGUGGGGGCCCUCGAAGCUGCAGGUGCCGGCGGACGCUUCAGAAUUGCGACAGCGCUUCUCCACUGGAAGACGGCCUACUAACAAUCGGGGGAGCGACAGAGAGCGAAGCCCUCGAAACAGAAGCAGCGAUGGCUUGCGCGCCUUGAGCCAAUCCCCCAGCCCUCCGGAGGCAUCUUGCCCGUCUGACGAUAAUUACGGUGUCAGCCCGCUGCAGGUCCAGCUACGGCAGCAUCCGAAGCCCAAGUUGGAGCUGCAGCAGCAGUUGAAAGAAGGUUCCGGGCAAUGGACAGGGGAAGAUGGAGAGCAACAUCUCUCCAGUAACCCCGUGCUGCGUAGCCAACAGGUGCAUGCCGCUGGGCUCACGGAGACGCUGGGGAACCCGGCAAUCAGCCCUCCACUGGUCUCUGAACAAGAAUCUGAAUGCGCCACACUUAGCGACCUCUCAGACAGAAUGGGCAACGCAUUCAACCAGCAGCACGAGGACGAUUCUUUGUGCUUUUCAGAGGAAACGGAAGAGCAGCAAAGCUUGCCGCCUCUCACUUGCCUCCACAGCGUCCACGGCCGUCCCCGGCACAGCCUUCUUCAGGGACACUCCAUUCCGGCAGAUGCCGAAUUGAAGAACCAGGAGAAACCUCCUAUCCCGGAGCUGGUGCGUCAAGCUCGGCCCCGCGCGGUGGGGGCAACGCUGCGCAUGCAUCACUACCAUCGGGGCUUGCCGUGGCAUUGGAAGAGCAGUGGAAAUGCAGAUAAUAGUCAGGCUGAAGAAGCCAGCAACGCCUCUCAGGGCCGCCUGACAUCUCAGAGCUCCAUUGCGGAAUCUGAAAAACCCAACGGAGGAUUCAUCGCAGCAGGACAGGAGGCUCCGUGGCUAACAGAUGUUGUGGGGCAGUGGACACUGCGAGAUGAGCCAGAUGGAGACCUCAGCAGCAGAACGGGAGGGCGCCGCACCCCCGUCGGGCACGACUGUUGUUUCGGUGCUGCAGGGGCCCCCCUCAACCUGCUGCUGUUCGAGGACAAUGACAUCAGCAGGAAGGGAACGAGCCGAAACAAGAGAAAAACAAAGGCACGGGACGUCGGCAUCGGCAAGCAACGAGAUGGCACGAAGAAGAUCGAUCAGAUGGCGCUGUCUUUACAUCUUCAACCCGAGUUAAAGAGCACGGAGGCGCAGCUAUGUGUGCAGUCGCUGCAUGCCUUCCCUACCGCCAACCUUCUCUGUUGUCUUACGGACUCCGCUCUCUGCCUCAAGAGUCUUUGGAACGAGGAGUCCAUCCGUGCUCGGUGUCUCAUUGCCUGCUUGCUGGGAGACGUGCGAUCGCAGAAAGCAGCGCAGACUGCGGGUCUCAAUCUGAAGGCAUCCGGCGAGUCCGAAGUGAAGGAGCCUCCGAGGCGGCGCUUCACUCUCAACAGGCGUUUGUCGCGGCAACAGCGUGACGACAAGUACAGCACCAGCAGCAACAGAGGCUCAGAGAGCGGCAGCGACACCAGCAGCUACAGCGGUGACUCCGCCCCUGAGGGGACCCCACGAAGAGCCUUGCUCAGGCUUCGCAAGCAGGCAAAGACCACCUUCAGCCGCCGAGGGGCACCUGACAGUUUAUCGGACCCAGAGGAGGACCUCUUAGGAGGCGCUGUAUCUGCCGACGGGCUGCGGCGAGCCAACAGAAGCAUUUCAGGAGGCAGACGACGUAGAAGGUCGCACGUGCACGCCUCGAAGGAAAGGAGAAACAAUACGGAGGCGGCGCGUGCGCGCAACCACCAGGUGGGGGUGGGUGCCAGUGGUGGUGGGGGACUACCCUCUGUUGCUGCUGCCUUCGGAGCGGAAGCGGCUUCCGACAGCACCGACCGCUUGCACUUGCAGCAGCAGCAGAAGCAGCAACGGCAGCAGGAGCAGACUGCAGCUCCGUCUGCCGAGGCAGCCAUAGGGGCUGCAGGCGAACGCCGUGGAUCGCAGCCCCAAACACAAGCUGGAGUUUCUGUGUCAGUGGAAGUGGUGCUUGAGGACGUGACAUGCAAUCUGCUCACAGAUGAUGCUGCGGCCACCUUGGGGGCAGAAGAUAUGGCGACGACGGAGGCGGGGGGAGUACCGGGAGUUGGGUGCGGCCACGAGACAGAACGGUCCACAGUGCAUCCCACGUAUGUCUCAUCGCAAGAUCAGCAUGGCAAGCAGCAGGAGUUGCUGCGGAGCAGACGGAGACAGGGCCAGACAGCAGCAGUUAGCAGCAGUAGCAACAAGCCUACCAGCAGCAACUGCAACAGGGACAUCAGUAGCACCGCCUCCACCGCAUCUACAGAUGAAGGACCGGGAGGAGGAGACGCAGGCCUUGCCUUUCCGCCUUACCCGAUGCUUUUCUCGCCAGAUGUCUGCGUGCCCGAAGGAUCUGCUGCUCUGGGGGAGGGACUGCUGGGGGACUCUUCGUUGCGGAGGGCCGUUGUAGCAGACGCGGCUGCUCUGGGGUUGCGCCUUGAGGCCGUCAUGCGGGUGACGUACACCAGCGUACCGACAGGCAACAGCAGCGGUAACAGAAAGCGAGAGGAGCUGAAGGACACGUUGCGAGUUGGCCUGUGGCGGCUCGAGGCUACACUCGUACGAAACUGCACGUGGACUCUUGCGAGUUUAGUUCUCUUCGAUGCCAAUUUGGGCGCCGAGUGUCUCCGCCUGCUGCCCCCCAAAAAACGACGUGCAGCAGCAGGGCCAGCAAGGGCGGGGUCCAAAGGCGCUGCCUCGUGGCGCUCUGCUGCAGCUGCGGAGCCCGAACUUCCUUACUGGGGCUCUUCGCGUUUGAAUACAGUGGCAGAGAACACCACGGAGAACGAAGGCGACACCCCGGCGGCGCUGCGAAAGGCUCUGUGGGCAGCUGAAAGCAGAGGAGACAACCGGGGAGGAGAGCUGCAGUCGCGAAGGAACCCAAAGCCACACCCUCUAGGCCCCUGGGAACAAAAACGGGAGACCGGCGGCCUGCCUGAAGGAUACGUCAGCGCUGACGGCUCUUUGCAGGCAGCGCGGUAUGAGAAGAAGGGACGAGGGGGGGCUUAUGAAGGGCUCCAAGAGGGAGCAGUAGGCGGGGGCUCACCUCGGGGGCUUGCACGAAGAAGAGACAGUUGCGCUGAUGGAGAUAGCAUGCGACGGCGUUUUUCUGUGGGAGUGCCGCGUCGUCUUCCCAGUAGCGGGAGUUCAUCUCUGUUUCGCUGGGUCUUCGGCUCCAGAAAUACUCAGAACAGCGCGCUAGCGCCGGCAAGCCCAAUGGGAAGCAGCCCCCAAAUGGGGUACCAGAUGCAGCCGGCCGCGGAAAUGAGGGGCCCCCCCUUGGCCGACCUCGACAGCUCUUUAGACCGCCGCGAUGCAGCACCAGAACCUACGAACUACACCGACGGCGAGAUGUACUUUGCAGGAUACCAGCCGGAUGCUGGCGUGACGGUACGCCCAAAGCAGCAACAGCAGCCUGCAGCAGCGACAGGAGCUACUGCUGCUGUGACUUCUCCUACGCGCUGGGGAGCCACUGCCGGGGGCUGGACGCGCAAUCUACUGCGGACGCGGCGCAGCAUCUCAACAUUGAACAGCGGCGAGCAGGGCAGGCAACCAUCAAGUCCACCACCGAAAGGCCGAGAUGGUGGGAGGUAUCCCUUUGAAGGCGAAGGCGCCCUUGCCUCCGGGCCUCUUCAGUCCCCUGAUGCUACCAGACAGGCCAACCGUCGCAGCAGCGGAAGACCACUGGUCAGGCCACCCCCGCAGCAGGAUAGUAACCUCUCGACGCUACGGAGCACUCGGGCCUUCAGCGCCAUGCCCAGUGUGGGUGUGGGGGGGGGAUUCGGGCGAAGCCAACGCCCACCGCAUGACCGCCCGCCUCUCCAUCUGGCCCGUGGAUCAGCAGACCCACGGCUGCGAGUAUCCUCAGAGUGUGCAGUGACGAGAGGGUCUUCAGGCAGGAGAGGGGGGCCACGCCGAGCAGUGGAAGCUGCUGAAACACAAAGGAGAGAACCGGAGGAAGAGCGCGAGAAUUUAACCUGCACUGCGAUUGACCUGGAAAUCAAGCGCGUCGCCAUAUGGAGCGCCGUGUAUCUACAGGACAGUAAAGCAGCAGCGAACCCGUGCAGAGCUGCAGCAGCAGCAGCAGCUCUCGCGCUUGAGAGGUCGAGAAGACACGGCGAAAACCUUCACAGAGACAGUGCUGCUUCUAUUCCACCGACUGCAGCCGAUACAGAUAUCCGUGAGGGAGACAGCGUAGCGGGGGGCAGCUCUAGAAGCCACCCGUUGCCUGCGCACCGCAUGCGUGCCUCCAGGGCAGUGCGCAAGCUGGUCCCUACAGGCGGCCAGUGGGUGGAGACUGACGGAUAUCGGGGAGUUAGCAAUGCCUCAGGAGACACCGCAAGGACCUCGCCCUUGGCAACAAAGGACGGAGAAGGCUGCAGUGGGAACAUUAACAGACGUGGCCGCAGCAAAGCAGCAGAAGUGCAGCAUCUCACUGCUCUGCUGGGGGAGGUAUGGACAGAAGACUGGCUGUCUGUCUCUUUGCCUUCUCCUCCACCCUUCGGCGGAUACGUCAGGUCACAAGAGGGACGCGUGCUGCUGCUGCCAGUGCUGCUGCGAGCAGCACCGAAGGCCGAGAGAGGGCUUCUGCAGCGGCGCCUUGAGGAGGCCCAGAGUGCCCUUGACUCGGAGGCCUUUUCCCAUAAGAAGGACCGCUCAUCAGCCGACCGACGCGACGGGGUGUUGAGUGCAGCGGGAGGGGGGAUACGAGCCAUGCAGGGGCUGCACGCACCGAUGACAGCAGCAGCAGCAGCAGCACUGGCAGGGGGUCUUUUGACCGGGGAGCCGGAGGAGGAGGAGCAGCGGAAGAAGCGGGCUGCAACGGAGAGGCUGCAGGGGGUGGCGAACGUCUCGCCUCACAUCUCGCUUAUGUACAGAUUGGUGGACAGCUCGUCUUCCUCUCCGUAUACAGCCGGAUCCAUGUCACUUAGUACCAGCGCCUUUAACGAUGGAGGGGGGGGGAGCCUCACUGACACCAAGAUUGUCUGCAGGGGAGAUAUCUUCCCGACCUUCUGUGCAUGCACACCGUUCCUUGUUGAUGCAUUUAUGAGUCUCUUUGGGAAAGACGGAGAGAUGAGCGCGGUGCUGUCGCGCCUUUCGAUGGGGCUCGAGGCCAUCCGCCGCGGUAUGCAGCAGCAGCAGCAAACAGCAGCAGAAGCAGCUCGCGCUGCAGUGCAGUGUCUGCCGACGCUGGCGAACCAGUCGGACUUCUUUGCAGCAGCAACCCCCAUUCCUGCUUCGACCAAGGGAGCAGCAGCCGCAACGCAGCAGCAGCAGCAGCAGCAGAAUGUGCAACCUGCUUCAGCAACAGCGGGUGUAGCAGAGAAAUCUUUUGCUUCCCCGACACUAGGCGUAUCGCCCAGCCCAGAAGCAGCGCCGCCUCCACUUGAUAAACAAGAGGAGGCAGCACUACAGGUCGACAGGCGGCUGUGGGGCCCGUUGCCGGGCUCGUUGCUGCAGCUUGGGUUUGCGCUGCGUGCUGCGCUGCAGCGACUGACACAUGACUCGUUCGGAUCUCUGUGUAUUCACUCGCUGCAGCUGACACUGCCUUCCCCCUGCCAGCUGCUGAAGCUGCCUGCUGUACCGGCCACCACCCGUCUGCUGCCUACAACGGCUUUCCGCAGGACUUUGACUCCAGAGGCGACGUAUUUUCUUUGUUGCCUUGCAGCAGCGCCGCUAUCUCCUUGCGUCGCCCUGGACCUGGUCCUGACGAUUAAAGGGUUGAAGAAUCCUGGAAGCAGCCCGAUAGCAGAACAGCUGCAGCAGCGCAAGUGGCAUACACACAAUUUUGCUGCUGCUCCUGUUACAGGUUUGGGUUCUGUCAUUUUCAACAGCAACCGAGUGGGAGGUUCGCCUUUUGACGGUCGGGCGUCUAAACACUGGUCCUUUUCGGGCACGCACUCACAAUACAACGCGAACCAUCCGCACUUCUUUUCUCCAGCUGCUGCAGCAACUUCAGUACCACUCGACAGGCUAGGAGCAUCAGGGAUGCAGAACGAUGCAGCUCUUGGUUCAAUCAAAGUAGCAGCUCCAUUGCUGAGACUGGAGCUGCUGAAGAGGCCCCGCAUCCCCGAGGACGCAGUGAGCUCCGCGCAGCGAGCUGCCCACAGCACCUCACCCCGCAUAGCGCUGUCUCAGACUGGGGGGCUGCCGGUGAAGCCGAAGUCGAAGCAACCGGAAGCAACUCACAAUAACAACAAGGGCCAGCCAACCCUGCAGCAACAGGCCCCCUCCCGGCAGCCAAACUGUGUGCUUGAGGUGCUCUUAAAAGGAUUGGAGCUGACGUUUGUCUCUGGGCACCAGCAGACGGAGGGCUCGCUGCACAGCCACCGUCCUGCGAAUGGAUGGGGUGGCAGCCGCCGCGCAUUCGGCUCAGCUGCCUUUCUGAGCAGGCCGGCAGCAAUAGAUACGGAGGCUGCAGAGGGAGGCCCCCCGAAGGGCUCUGGGGAGGCCCUCCCUUCUCCCGUCAGGCCCUUCCGCGUUGUCCUUUCGCUCCACGAUUGCAUCAUUCAAGGAGAAGACGGCAGCCGGUUGCUACAAAACGCAUCAGUAAUACCCAAGCUCUUCUCAGGAGAAUUCAGCGGAGGCGCGGGGGGUGGCCACAGUCCCCAGGGACAGUACACAGCAGCGGGGGGCUCCUCGCAGCCGGCUGCUGGAAACGCCACUCCACCGGGGGGGGGCCCAGCUGGUGUCGAGGGCGUUGGGGGGCCUUCUGGCCGCCGGCCCCCACAGAAGACGCGGCUGGCGUUUCGCCAGGCCCUGAAUUCAGAUGUGCCGUUGCAAGACCCGUUGCUGCAGUGCUUAGCCUGGGUGUCUGAUGGGGUGGUAUUUGUGUCUGCGGAAAUGGCUCACCUGAGGAUACAGCUGCGCGCGCUGCAAGGGGCGAAUGUAUAUGCAUGGGGCAUGGGUUUGUAUGGGGAGUUGCAGCAGCUGAAGCACUUCCGGCUGCAGUUCCCUGCUAUCAGCUUCGGCUGCUGUUUCUCUACAGCCUCCUGGCUGGUGCCUAUUGGCGUCAACGCGCAGCAGCUGCUGCGCGUCGCGCAACUGCAGAAUAGGGGCCCUUCUUUGCCGCUUUCUGAACGGGGUCACACCAAAUACAGCAAGGAAGAGGCAGAGGAGCAGGCUGUACGCAGGUCUUUGCUGCUCCAUCGAAGAGGACUCGGCCUCUUGUCUCUUCUCUACCCAGCCCUGUCCCCCCCGGCUCUCGCCCCCCACAACUGGAACGGUGAGCUGCCUCUGCAGCUACCGGAAAUGGUGGAGUCAAUGUCGAUUCAGCGGGUGUUGCAGGUGCUCCAAGACGAUGCUGCAGCAGCACGAGAAGCAGCAACAAAUGCAAAUGCCGAUCCGACAGCAGCCCCCGCUCCUUGGAGGCUGCAGACAGCAGAUCUAUUCCAACACCACUCCGACCUCCAGGCCGGCAUACUUCAACAACCGAGCAGCAGACGCCCAGCGUACGGGCGCCAUUUGUCUCCCUCUUCGGAGUAUUGCCCGGGUGGCACGUCAGCUGAGGCCUCUUUCGCUCGAGCUCCCUACGGAAAAGUGUCUCCUUUUGGAGACCUACGUAACUCAGUUAAGUUGGGGCACCUUACGAACCUCCAGCAGCAGCAGCAGCAGCAGCAGCAGCGCCGACCCUCUGCCAGCGAUGAACACUCCUCCUCCUCGCCUGAAGGUCUACGUAACUCCCCAGAAGACCCAGAAGGAGAUAGCACUCUCGCCAGUCCAAGGAAACCAAAGGAAAACGUCUGGACCCGCUUCCGCGAUUUUAUUUGCUGCCGUCGCCGUCGUGGAGUUGAAGCCUUUUCAAGUACAGAGUCAGUGACGAAAUAUGGGUCUGCGAGCCCGAAGAGUCGAGUCAGCCGGUUGCUGCGUUCUUCCCUCUCGAGUAUUUCUGCUGGGUCUUCUCUCAGCGGCACUCCGGUAGACAAAAGGCCUCAGGGGCCCUCACCCCAGAUUUCUCCUGCUGCGUCGGUUCUGCCAAACGUUCGCGUGGAGCGCCGGCGGUUGACGGGGCAGUCGUAUCUCCAUUCCCCUCGCUUCUCGAAGCUGUCGGGCCCCGGGGGCCCGGCAGCGGUAGCAGCAGCAGGCGCAGCAGCGCCAGCAGCAGCAGCUUCCACGGAGAAGACGCUGACUACUUCUGCUGCUGCGCCUUCUUCUCGGGAGGCGGCUAUCUUGGGCGCGAAGCUGCAGAAGGUGGUGGAGGUGACAGUCAAGGGAGUUGAAAUUUGGUUUGUCUUAGGAGCUGCAGGGACAGAAGAAGAGGAAAUUCUCUAUGCCUCGCAGCGGGCAGACCGCAGGCACCUCAAGACCGCCAGGAUAGCGUCAUUGAAGAAAGGAAGCAAGGCAGGCCUGAAGUCUCUUGCUGCCAUGACGAACUCACGGGAGCGAGAGGAGGCCUCUGGAGAUGGAGCGUCGCACCCGAUGGUGAAGGGGCAGCCGUUUGCAAGGACGUUGAUGCAGGUCCUGCAGACGGCCGUUAACAAGACAGGCUUGUGCAUAGAGGAAGAGAGCAACGACGACCGGCGGAAGCAGCAGAUUGUUGUGGGGCUGCUUGCUGCAUGCACUAUGCGGCUGCUGCAGCGGGGACCCGACGUCAGCGCCUCUGUGGACGUCGUGGAGUUGAGUGCAAUGGUGGGAUCGCCCUUCCCCUGUGCUGAUUUUAUCGUUCCUGCUAAGUACCCGGGGCAGCGGCAGCUUCCAGAAGGCCGUCCGCAGCAGCAGCAACAGCAGCAACAGCAGCAGCAGAACGAUGGGUUGGCUUCCUCUAAGACAAUAAAGCACACGGCGUGGGCCUCUUUGGGACAAGGCAGGGAGGCGCCACCAACCGACAGACAGCCGACAGCAAUGCAAGACGAGGGUUCGCUGGUGCUCGUCAACUUCCCUGAUGUCCUUGAGGGCUACGGAGGGGCUCUGCUGCUGCCUAAUCUACAGCAGCGCACCGAUUGUCUCCUCUCCGUAGCAACCUCCACGGCCACCAUCUCCGGUACGCCCGGGGCAAAGGCGAAGAUUUGCGUGACCAUUUUGGAUCCUCAGAUUCAUUUUUCGUUUGAAAUGUUUCAAGGCCUCGUCAGCCUGGAGACGCAGGCGCGGCUGGAGCAGCUGCACGUUUCGAAAUCCGCAGCAGCAGCAACUGCUGCUAUGAAGGCUGCUGUCGCAGCAGCAGCAGCAGCAGCAGAGGCUAAUGCAGUCGCCCUUACGCAGCAGCAGCCAAUACGAGAACAAGACCUACAGCCCUCGCCGUUCUCCUCUAUAUCUUGGGGGGCGCAGCAGCAGCCGUACACCCCACAGGAGACAACGUUGCCUUCUGCUGAGAAGACGCAGCGUUCAUUACAUAUAACAGACUCCGAGAGAAGCACCGGACUUUCAGAGUGUUCGCCUGGGGUGUCACUGGUUGGUGGAGGUCCUUCAUCUCCUGUUGCUGGUGCGGAAGGAGGUGCUGGUUCAGCAGCUGCAGCUGCUGCUUUAGGGGAACACCCCUCGACGCUGCGUGUGACGAAUUAUUCUGUCUCCUUAGGAGACCUCUCUGUGGAGGGCAGCUUGCUGCGGUUUCUGAGGGACUAUGCCUUCUCCUUGAGAGACGCAGCAGGGCCUCCCUCGCAGCAGCGCCAGAGGCCUCUCUUCAGCUGGGCAAUGCCCGACGCGGGGGGAGGCAAAGGCUCCAGAGGCGGAGACCCAGCAGCUCAAGCACCUAUUGUGGGGGCGAUGGACUUGGUGCGACUGCAUCAACAGCGAAGGGGGGGGGCCCUGGGGAGGGCCCUGGAGGAGCUGAAGGCCAUCUCCAGCGGCCCCCAGUCACAGCCGCCCGAUGAAGCAGCGUCAUCGGUAAUCAGCAGCCGAAGCAGCAGCAUCAGCCGAAGCGGAAGCGGCAGCAGCAGUAUCGACUCGCCAGUCGCACCCACAACGGAAUCUUUGUCCUGGGGACCACCUCCCGAUGGGAUGUCUAGACAGCAGCUGCAAAACGAAAUGCAGUCAAACUUGCAGCCACGGAAAGGUCAGCAGCAGCAGCAGCCACAGCAGCAGCAGCAGCAACAGCAAGGCAUUGGAUACCGGGACUCCCGAAACACGUUUCAAAGACUAGACGAUGAGGAAGUUGUGGACUCUGCCGAGUUGCUGCUGCUUGCGAACCUGAUGGCUGCUGGCAGCAGAGAUGCAGCAGCAAAGCCUCCGGUGUACGGACGGGGCCUGCACGGGACCGAAGAUGAGCUGCUGCAUGAGGAGGAGGGGCCUCCAGGGGGGGGCCUAGUACGACGUAGGGGUAUGGGAAUAAUGGAGGGAGCCACCUCAGGGGGCCCCGGAGACGUAGGCGCAUGCAUGCCUGUGGCAUUGUUGCAAGGUGUAGGGGAGGCAGACUUCCGCGAUCCGUAUUGUCAGGUGAUAGGUUUCUUUCUGUCUUUGAUGAGUUUUAAGCUACCUGGAGAGACAGAAUUUGAAGUAAAAGGAGAAGUUGUACGAGGGGCCUUUGAAUUUCAUGAUGCGCACGGGUCACUUCUGAAAGUGAGCCUGCUGGCGCUGGAGGGUCAGGUGUACGUACACCCCGAGUUAUUCAGUGCGGAUUCCAUAAAGAGCUUUGGCGGCCGCCUGGAGCUGAUGGUGUCUGGGUACGACCCGAUGACAAACUCACAGGAGGAGCUGCUGCAUCCUGUCUCUGCCUCUGUUGAGAUUCAGAGACAGUAUGUAGAUGCUCAGACGAGCCACUGGAGUCUGGUGAACGUACGCAGUGCCAUGGAUGGGGUGUCUGUGGACAUCACCUCGGGAUUACUGCAACUCGUAUAUCACAUCAUGGGUACAACCCGCGAGAUCUUAGAUGGAGUUGAGGGCAACCUCGGCAGACACACCAGCCUCAGAGUGUACAAUGACAUUCACGCGGAAGUCCUUGUUAUGCACAAACGCAGAUCAAGAGGAGACGGCCGAGGGUGGACGUACUCUCGCAUGCAGCCAAACGAGUGGAUUAUGGCGCCUACGUCUUCUUUAUACUUCUCAGUGCGCAAGAAAUCUGCUGCAGCAGAAGCUGCCCCAGAACGGCGACGGGCGUGGAGACGGGGAGGCGCAGGACGUGAAAACAACAGCGAGACUCAUCCCUCUCUUCGUCUCGAGUCCUAUGAUGAUGUUCGCCAGAUUGUUGAGGGAAUUUUAAAGCUGGGAACACGCAAAGUCGAUAAUCCUUGGCUUAAGGCCUAUGAGGAAACUCUCUUGUUUGCCUCAACACGUCGGGCGCAGGUGCCUUUGGACUUGUUGGUGGACGACAUGCCUGUUGUUCAGAACAGCGGGGGUUUAGCCAAACGUCAUGGGCUGGACGGAGAUACACGAGUCUCCUCUGCAGGAGAAGAAUUCAUCGAUAUACUCCCUGGAUGUCGUAGAUCUGUACCUUUGUCUUGGUUUGGAAAUGGCUCUGUGCCUUUUCUAGCAGCGUUGCUGCAUACGGAAGGAGGGGGACCCCCUCAAGAAGGAAAAGGAGAGCCUGAGAUACCUCCUGUCCCGUUCUAUGCUUUGUACAAGUUAACGAACAAAACCGGAUACGCACAGCCUCGCCGCCUAGAUAUCCCUCCCUUUACGUUGCGGCUGCGGAGCUCGCUGAUGCUGUACGGAGUGGUGGAUACUACGGAUGUACCAACAUCUGAGGCUUCUCGUAUAGCUCAGCGUUAUGUUAUUAAAUUGGAGCCGAUGCUUAGUAUAAAAAAUACCUUACCAUUCCCUAUCACGGUGUCUGUACACCUCCGCAACACUCUAGACAAACGCGCCAUACUUGAACAACAACAAGGAAUGGCUGCAGCAGCCUCCAAUGCACCAACAGCAAACCACGCGGCAAUGCUGCAUACACCUGCAGCAGCAGCAGCAGCAGCAAAUGAAGGAUUUGCUCAACUGCCAGACUACGCAGGACGGCGCACGCGGUACGGCUUUGGAAACCCCCAAGCCGAGUUACUCGCGGAACUUGAGAACAGAAAAAGACAAAAGGCAGAAGAAAUGCAGCAAAAAAGCAGAGGGACUGCAGCUAAGUUGGUGGAGGAUAACUUUGUUGAAGCCACCAUUCCUUCUCACCAGAGUUGGGGGCUACCUGUGGGGGAGCAGCGGCUUUGGUUGGUGCUGCGAGUUCAUGGGGCCCCCUUGGAGCAGUUUAAUACCCAGCUAGAGGCCUUCAACCCAACAGAUGGGAGGCCCCUGGGGCCCCUAGAGCUGCAGCUGCUGGCAUCCGCAGCUUCGCGGGGGGCCCCCCGUCUGGGAGGCACCGCAUGGUUGCUGCAGCAGGAGACCCUCGAUGGCGGAGUGAAUACGACAAGUUUGAUGGGAGGAGGUGCAGGGGGCCCCCUUGUAGGAGGGAGGGAAGAGAAGUUGCGGCGUAGCAGGAAGCAGCAUCAGCGGCAGCAGCAGCAGCAAGCUUCACCCCCAGAUACAGUGUAUGAGUCUCAGGUCUUUGCCGUGCUGUUACCCACUCAAGACACCCUAACUGUCUCCAAAGUGUUACAAUUGAAGAACGGAAGAGGGGAGUCCUUGCUUCCUCCUUCAGCAUUAAAGCUGCUGAAGGCUGAGGGGGUAAAUGCACGUCGAGGGAGAAGAGUGUCUUCUCUAUUUUCUGAUAUGCAGCUUGCUGCUGAUGUCAGUAGGAGACAAAUAACAGUGUUCGCUCCUUACUUCUUUGAAAACCUAACAGAUGCAACACUCUGUGUUAAUGGCGUCCUCGUACCCAGCCGCUGCAGGCUGUACACCACAGAAGAAGAUAUGCGAGCAGCUUCAAUACGCGCGUAUAAAGUUGAUGCUCUCUCUGAUCGUGUACUUCAAUCUACUCUCAGCCGCAAACAAGACCUCUCAGGCAUCUCCACCGCCAGACCUCCAUUGGUGUUGAAGUUGGCAGCAGUACGAAAAGCAAGAUAUAUUAGAUUUGGUUGGGGACACCGCACGCCUUCAAAUGUGCGGGAGGAGACAGGGCCUCCGAAUGAACUGCGACUGGGUGGAGGUGGGUCUGUGGACUCCGUCACCUCUUCUCUUAAUCAUGGAGACACAGAGAGACAACAGACGCUCGGUGGCAUCUCAGAUAUUCAAAGAGACACUUCAAGAGGAGAAUUUCAUCUACUUAAAGCCCCGCCGUCUUCAACGGAUUCAUUUAUAGAUGAAGAUGCAAUGCGUGGAGAUAGAAUUGGAGGGGGUUUAUCUUCUCGUCGAUCAUAUGCGGGUAUUCUUCGUUCUCCUUCUGAUGGAGCGAGUGGAGCAGGAGAAGGAGAAGAAAAGAAUUUCUCUCACAUGAGUAGGGCGAGGUCAUUUAAGCUGUCUGUACAGCGUAGAGUAAACAGAUUUGGAAGGGGACAUUCAUUUAUUAGCAGAAAGAAACAUUUACUACGCUUGCAAGGAGCAGAUAUUAAAGAAACAGACCCAAGUGAAAGAGAUAAUUUCUCAUACGCUGGAGACGCGCCGAUGGAGGUGCCCUCAGUUACACCGGAUGAUGCAGCGCCUCCUGCUGCAGCAUCAACAUCUGCUGCUGCUGGUGGUGCUGCUGCUGCUGCUGGUGCUGCUGGUGGACCACGCAGCAGCAACAGCAGCAGCAGCAGCAGCAGCAGCGGUCCCUCUACCCUUGUUCUAGGGUUAUGCACACGAUAUGGAGAAGCUCCAUACUCUACAACGAAGAUAGUCAGUGUUGUUCCUCGUUAUGUUUUUAUAUCUCGAUUACCUUUUCCUCUGGUUGUGAGGGAGGUAAGAAGCCGCAGCAGAGGGUUAGGGAGUACUAUGGGAAGCAGACAGAAAGGGAGUCCGUUCGAGUUAUCUCUUGCUGCUGGAGAGACAAAGGCAUUUCAUGGAGUGGAGGGGCGCGUGCUGCUGCUGCUGCUGCACUCUGAGAGAGCCCUUGUCUCCUGUCCCUUCUCUCUUGUCCCUGCACAUGUUCCUUCUUUCUUUCAAGUUGAAUUAACUCCUAAAUAUGCUGAUCACCAGGUGUAUCUACCGGAGCAUUGCCCUAUUAUUCAAGUGUCUAUUGUAUCGGGUCUAUUUGGAGAUGUCCCUGCCCUUCCUUAUACUUACAACGGUAAUUUUAUAGUACUUUCUCUCCCUGAAAACCCUCAGUUUGCUAUUCUCAAUCUUACAAGCUACUUCCUCGCGCAUGCACCCGCCGAACGAAGCAGCAGACGUACACAGCAAAACAACAGAGAAGAAGAUUCAUUCGCCAUCAACGUCACCAGCGGACCUCAACAUAAACAAGCCACCAAAAAAAAUAGAGGAGAUACAGAUGCCAGCCUCAGAUUGAUUCCUCCUUGGGGUUCGGUGCCGUUUAUUCCUCCAUAUCAUAAAAACUUAGAAAACGCGAGAGUGCGGCUGCGGGUGUUAGACGUGGAGCACUGCCCUUGGUCUGUAUAUAGUUUAGCUUCAGUAGAUGAAGAGCUGCAAACAAUUGAGUUUGUGCCUCACCAGCAGCAGCAACAGCAGCAGCAGCAGCAACAACAGCAGCAACAGCAGCAGCAGCAACAACUGCAGCAGCAACAGCAGCAGCUGCAGCAACUGCAACAAGUCGGGGGAGUUGUUAAUAGCCCUCCACUCCAAGCGGGGUCUCCAAGAGCAACGGAUGUUAAUUCCUUAUAUAGAAAUCAGUUUGCACAGAGGAUGCCAACGAAGACAAUUGCAAGUGCUGCUUCUGCUGCAGCUGCAGCUUCUGCUGCUGCUGCUGCUGUUGGAUCCAGCAGCAAUACACUCCUUGCUCCAAACCCUAAAUCUGCUGCUGCAUCGACAAGGGGCUUCUCGACAGACGGAUGCUUUGAUGGGGAUGAGGAGCAAAGUGCAGCUCAAGACCCAGAGACUCGGAGCGUACGCCUUCAGACUCCAAGAGCAGGUUUGUCUCUUUCUAGUGUACCUCGAGAGAGAGCAGCAGCAACUUUAUAUCUGUUCUCUCUUGUUGCUGCUAAUGGAAGCCGCAUAUUAUUUAUAACAGAGUCUCCUCAAGUAGCAGAGAAGCUACGAGCUGGGGGCUCUGCAUUCGAUAUGGUAAGGGAGGAGUUUGUGAGGAAGGCAGGGAAGCAAGAAGGCGGAGCAGCAACUGCUGCAGCUGCUGCAGCAGCUGCUGCUGCUGCCGUGGCAGCAGGAGGCUCGGGGCUGUACGACUCAGGAGGAGGUCCAGCGGCAGCAGUAGCAGCAGCAGCAGCAGACAACGCAGCCUACAACUGGGGGAGGGCGCAGCCUGCGGGAGGGUUCUUUGCUGCUGCUUGUACACCCGAACCGGGGUCGAGUAGGGACGCUAGUGCACUUGUGCAGCAGCAGAAGCGUGGUUCGCUGCUGCAGCGGAAGCAGCCGCAGCAGCAGCAGCAGCAGCAGCAGCAACAACAACAACAGCAGCGGCCGCCUCCUUGGCUCGGUCUUUCGUUUGAAUUUCGAUUGCCCCGACUGACAGUCACGUGGAUACACCAAAGUGAAGUGGUGUUGGCUCUGCACCUAACGGGUCUUUCUCUGGCUGUGUCAGUAAAUCCACGACAACUAGAUUUCUUCUUAGAUUCUAUUCCUUCUGAGCGUUAUAUGAAGCAAAAGGAUAGGGCUCCUUUAAGUCUAUUAGGGGGCACCUCCUCUGCUUCAUUAGUUGGGGGUAAUUCUGGGGCCCUCGCUCUACCCGCUGCUUCGGGCUCAGCAGCAGCAGCAGCAGCAGCAGAAGAGGGUCAAUGGCAGCGCGGGGGCAGCAGCAGCGGCGGCACUUUCAGCAGCAGAGGGUCCUUAGAUCCAUCGAGCAGCGGCAGCAGCAGCCGUGGGGCAUCCCCUGUAGGGGGGGCCCCCCAAGGUGCAUCUUCCCCAGUGGGGGCCCUAAUGGGGGGCCCCUCCGAUACCCCUAUAGGGUCAUCUGGGGCCCCUAUAGCUACCGGUCCCCCUAUUGGGGGCCCCUUACAUAGGGGGGCCCCCCAUAUUGGGGGCCCUCUAGAAGAGGGGCCCCCUGGAAUAAAUGAAGAAGAUCUUCUGGCUACAGAAGACUAUGGAUUGCUUGUGAUGACGCGAAGUGUUGUUCGUAUAUCUGGGUGUAUAUCCAUGUUGCAUGUAGACCAUUUCGUAAGAGGAGAUAUCCCUGUGAUAUUAAAGAAUACAGCUUCUAAGUAUGGAAGAGAGAGCGAAGAAUUUCUUGAAGUCGAGGUUGUUAGAGCCCUUGUAGACCCUCGUCAAGCCCCCACUUAUGAAUUACUGCAAGUUCGUCUUAGCCCUUUCAGUGCUAAUAUUGAACUUCUUGUCAUUGAACAACUCAUUUCAAUUUAUGAAAAGGAAAUUGAAAUGCUCCAUAAGUUCGCCGUCGCUGCGCCCCAGAAACCCCCAGCGCUACAGACGGCCUUGAAGUGCAGCGUAGCAGCGGAGGCUCUACGUCAGUUGGCUGUAUUACAAUAUGCAGAGCAGAGCAGAGAAGAGCGAAUGGUGUUAUCAGAGACAGCUGGUGCUGGUGUACCUGGUCCAGGUAUAUGUGGGGGUGUAGGGGGCCCCCGGGGGGCCCCUAUAUCGGAUUCAUACCUUCUGGAGGCCUUGGGUGGCUGUUGUUACGGAACCCGCUGCAAGCGCAACAAGGGGAGACAGCUGGUGGAAGACGAGUGCAAUACUGUUGGCCUGCUUAUUGCGUUGUUUGGUGUCUCCUUUAUUUGGUCUUUCGAAUUUUCUUGCUUCUGUUGCUGA